GUGGCUUGUCCAUAAUUAUGACUUUGUGGCUGUGUUAACUAGUGACGACCCCGACGGUUUGAAAGAAGAUAUUGACGUUCGCAUUGACCCAUCUAAAGCUACUGCGCGCGCAAUCACAACCAAUCACCUCCGGCGGCUUAUGUUGAUCGGCAUGAUCUGUUUGAUUGGUGUGUCGAUCAUCCGAUUAAAAUUAGGGAAGACAGGACUGGCCUAUCAAGAACUCCACAGGGCGGGAUUUGAUAGAGGGGGCUGUGUGCGAAGUAUCAUGGAGGAUCAGUAAGAGAACUGUGGCCAUCCAAGAAAGCUGAGCUGUGGGUCCAAGCACUGGAGUUUCAGAAAAUUUGAUUGGCAUUUUUUUUACGUUAACGUAGUGUUUUAUAUUUUAUUAAUAAUGGAGAUGAAGAAGAGGAUCAGUUUAGAAUUGAGGAAUAGGACACCAGCGGAGGUGGAAGAACUGGUGGUGGAUAAUUGCCGCACCAGUGAUGGUGAAGUAGAGGGCCUGACAGAUGAUUUCAAGGAGCUGGAAUUCCUCAGCAUGGUCAACGUUGGACUCACCUCCCUGGCCAAAAUACCCUCACUACCCAAACUGCGCAAGUUGGAGCUGAGUGACAACAACAUCUCAGGUCAUUUGGAGACACUUUCAGAGAAGUGCCCCAACCUGACGUAUCUAAACCUGAGUGGCAACAAGAUCAAGGGGCUGAACAACGUUGAGGCCCUGCAAAAUCUGAAGAACCUGAAGAGCCUGGACCUGUUUAACUGUGAGAUUACCACACUGGAGGAGUACCGUGAGAGCAUCUUUGAGCUGCUGCCUCAGGUCACCUACCUGGACGGCUUCGACCAGGAGGACAACGAGGCCCCUGACUCAGAGGCAGACGACGAUGGUGAGCAUGGCUACCACAUGGUGGGGUUGGUGAUAUUUCAGCCUAACUUUCUUGAACAAAAUACUUCUUCAUUCAUAGAUGAUGAUGAGGGGGAGGACGGAGCCGGGCCCACAGGGGACUAUGAUGAUGAAGAUGAGGAUGAGGAGGGCUCGGAAGGAGGAGAGGUUGGGCUCUCCUACCUGAUGAAGGAAAAGAUCCAGGACGAAGAAGAUGAUGACGACUACGCAGAGGAGGAGGAAGAAGAGGAGAAGGCAGGAGUCAAAGGGGAGAAGAGGAAGAGGGAUGCUGAGGAUGAAGGGGAGGAGGAUGAUGAUGACGACGACUAGGCUUGUCUUUCCCCUGCGAACCUCUGGAUCCAGAUCCAAGUAGAACAAUAACCACAAAAAAAGUGUGAUCUUGCAGAUUGUUUCUCUUUGUAUACCAUAGAUAUCACUGUAGAGGCUGUUUCUUUUAUAUAUAAAUAUAUAUAUGAGAUACUAUACGAAAAGGAGAUUUUAUCGACAAAUAAUUUGUUCAUCAUUCUAAGUUAAAUUACCACUCCAAAAAUCUUGUCAAUAUGCAGGCAGGUUAAAAUAAAUGGAUGUAGGGGAGUGGGUGGGGCUGGAUUUAUGUUAUGGGCUAAUUUAAGAAGGGCUGUCGCUGCAAUGACCAGCCAUCCGCACAACAGAAGUGGCCCGCGCUGUCCCUCGUUGACAUCAGUGUUCAACAAACCUCCAGUGACGUUCCAAGACCCAUGACAGGCCCGGCAACCCAGAGUCCAGUCCAGCCCAAAGAGAUAGAGGACUCAUCUUUGUAUCUGUGCCAUUAUAGCAUCUGUGACUGCAUGGGCAGCGCCAUUAAGGCAAUCUCCAUUUUGAAGCAGUCAUUUUUCUUCACGAUUGGCUGAUCCCUCCUGAUGACUCGCAACAGGGUCACCAGGAGGGAUCAGCCAAUGAAGUUAAAAGUCCUACCCAGUUGACUACAUUAAAAUGGUGGAGCCCUCAAUGGCGCUGCCAAUGCUAACACGGCCUUUUGGCCACUAGAGGCCUCUAUCAUUCUCUAUGGCCCAGCCAAGUCUCAUCUACCUCUCUGGGCCACGGUGAGAAGAGAAUGCACCCUACAGGACAAAACUCUACACAGAACCACCCUCACUACUCAGGCGGCCAGGGAUACCAGGCUAGAAUAAAAGGCACCAUGAAGUUUAGGAACCUCUACCGUCAUCACUGUCUGCCACAAGCAGUCUCCUCUUUCUCCCCCCCCCCAACUCAUUUGUACCAGAUAGUUUCCAGCCAUCAAUGAAAGUCCUGUCUCCCGUAAGCAUAGCAAAGACUGUGUUAGAUCCCUCACACAGUACAUGACUUGUUUUAGGAAUAUUUGAAAUAGUGGGAGGUUGGGAGAUCCAGAAAAGUAGUUAGCAGUUUCUAGCAGUUUCAAUACCAGCGUUAGCCCUGCAAACCGACCACAACAUUUGUUAGGGCCAUAGAGCUGUGGCUUUCCAGGACUGGGGCUGGUAAUCUGUAUUCUAAAUCAAACCUAGCGGUUUGGCCUUAACCUUAUCUGUCCUUAACGGAUGCAAACCAAUAUAUUUCCUUCUGGUUCAACAGGCCAUAUCUGUUAACAGCUUUAAAUUCUGUAACCUGACUAUUAAUGUUGUUGUUGCGGUGAUAGAGUGGCACGGCCAUAAUGUUUAUAUUGAAAAAGUUAAGGUCAAACCGCUUCGGUGUAGGAAUGAACCGCAUCCCGAAGUAAAUUUUUACCUUUGUCUUGCUGUUGAUGCAAGUUAGUUUAUAAUUGUACUGGUAUUUUACAUAGCAGGAACUUUAAUCUAUUAUUUGUAAGGCAAUAUGUAAAUAGUUUCAGUUCCAACAGUUUGAUGUUUCAUGUGGUUUUUUUGUGGGGGUUUUUAUGACAUUUUUCGUCAUUUUGUUUUAAUAUAAAGCACAGGUCAAGGGGCCAAACUCUGACCUAACACACUCAAUAUAGAUUAUUUUCCAUCCUUGGCUGUUGUGACACGUGUUUUGUGUGGUGUAAACAUCUUAAAAGAAGGAUUUUGAAUAAAACAAUAUAUAAACAGAAAAGAGAAUGCUUUAAUUAAAAUAAAUGGAUCGUUUUUUGUCUUCAGAAAAUGAUUACCUAAUUACACAAAUGUUAUUCACUGCUAGGCAGUAUGAGGGACAUUAUAUCACACGUAGCAACAAUUUAUGUACAAAUGAUGUACAAUUUACCAACAAGUGGCCAAAAGAGGGAGAAUUUCACUAUAUUACAUUGGCUAGACCAAACGUCUUUGGCCGUCACCAAUUCAUGCAUGAGAAAUGUUUCACAAAACCAUCCAAACUGUUUCUCUGUUUAUAAAAAGGUAUUCAGUGAGAUGUGAGGAGUGGGAGUGUAAUGUGACCCGUAAGGCCUAUGAGUUACAGUUCCUCACGAACAGUCUGCUGGCUCAGCGUCUAAUACCACACACAGGUGCCAUCUGCUGGGCGUCACAGGCAUGAAUAAUUCAUGAGGGAGGUCUUGGUAGUUAGAGGACAUCGGACAUGAAGGGGGUGGGGUUAUGUCAGAGAUGCAGGGGUGGUGCCACUGGAACAUUCCAUGAACAAUUUAUUAUACUGGUCUUAGGUUGCUUAGUGCCAUGCAGCUAUUCCCUCCGCAAGGCAAUCAAACAAGCAAAGCGUCAGUAUAGAGACAAAGUAGAGUUGCAAGUCAACGGCUCAGACACGAGAUGUAUGUGGCAGGGUCUACGGUCAAUCACGGAUUACAAAAAGAAAACCAGCCCCGUCGCGGAAUUCGACGUCUUGCUCCCAGACAAAUUAAACAACUUAUUUGCGCGCUUUGAGGACAAUACAGUGCCACUGACAAGGCCCACUACCAAAGCUUGUGGGCUCUCCUUCUCCGUGGCCAACGAGAGGUAAACAUUUAAACGUGUUAACCCUUGCAAGGCUGCCGGCCCAGACGGCAUCCCUAGCCACAUCCCUAUCCCAGUCUGUUGUUCCCACACGCUUCAAGAUGGCCACCAUUGUUCCUGUUCCCAAGAAAGCUAAGGUAACUGAACUAAAUGACUAUCGCCCCAUUGCACUCACUUCUGUCAUCAUGAAGUGUCACGACUUCCGCCGAAGCCGGUCCCUAUCCUUGUUCGGGCGGCGUUCGGCGGUCGACGUCACCAGCUUUCUAGCCAUCGCCUAUCCACUUUUCAUUUUCCAUUUGUUUUGUCUUUGUUUUACACACCUGGUUUCAAUCCCCCAAUUACUUGUUCAUUAUUUAACCCUCUGUUCCCCCAUGGUUAUUUUUGAGUGAUUGUUUGUCUUGUAUACGGUCCGUUAUUGUGGGAUCGGGAAUAUUGUGUUGUAUUUGUGAAUACUUGAGUAAAUACGUUGAUUACUCAUA